AUGAGUACCGGAUUAAGUAGAUUGUUAGAAAUCGGAAUAUUCGUUGGAAGUUUUGUUUUAAUUUGGUAUUUAACAGGAGAAAAAUUAUUUAAAAGAAAAAGAAGAAUCGUAAAAGAUAAUAUUUUACUAAUAUUACGACAUUUGUGCUUUGAAAUAUAUAAAGUACUAAAUGAGAGUUCAAAGACAACAAAACAAGUUUAUGAUAUGAUAAAAAGUGAUCCUAAUGCAGCUAUAGAUGUGAGCAAAUUAGAGGAAGCUAUACUUAAUCAAGGCUAUAAAAAAAAAAUAGAAGAUGUAGAAAAAGAAGUAUUAAAUAAAUUUAAUGUUAAUGCAGAUGAUUUUUAUGAUGAAUUAAAAAAUUAUGAUAAAGAUGCAGAUAUUCAAAAAUCGCUUAACUCAAUCAAAAAAAUGUACAAUGAAUCAUUACUUGGAUUUACACCUAAAUUACCAAGUAUCGAUGAAAAUAUUUCAAAAGAUGUAAUAAUUAAUUUAACUAAUUUAAUAUAUAAAGAAAAAAGAAAAAUAUAUAAAGCUAAAAUUGAUUCUAUGAUUAAAAAAAGUGAAGAUUUUGAUGUAGAUGCAACUUUUUCAGAUCCUGAAUUUUUCGAUAAACUACAAAAAUCAACUGAACAUGUUGAAGAAAAAAUUAUAAAUGAAAAUAGUGAUAUUAUUCCAAACUUAUUUACUUUUAAAUAUCUCGUAAAUUAUUAUUCAAAUGAUAUUACUUUUGUACAAAAAAAAAAAUAUUUAGAAUCAAAGCAUGGUGAAAAAAUGAUUAAAAUAUUAAAAAUUAAAAAAAAUAAACAACAGAAAAAGAAAAGUAAUAAAGAUUCUAGUAGUAGUGUACAUACACAAAGCCAAAAAUCAUUCCCUGAUCAUGUCAGUUCAGAUAAAAAUGAAUAUACUACUAAUUAUGACGAUGAAAAAAGAAGUGUAUACUCUAAAUCUGCAAGUAGUGUUCAUGCUUAUGACAAUGCUAGUAAAAAUAAAACUAUGUUUGACACAAGUUUCGAACCAAACAAUUUUGAUGAUCAUACUAGUGUAGAAAUUAAACAAGCUGAACACGAUAUUAAUGUUGAAGCUAGUGAACAAGAAUGGGGACAAAACUUAGAUGAGGUAAAACACGAUAAUGAUCAAAGCGUUUCAUUUGAUAGUAUCCCUGAACAACACAUAACUAAUAUUGAUGAAUUCCCUGUAAAUAAGGACAUGGAUAAAGACCAACAAGAUAGUGACAUUACCACAAACGAUAAUGCUUUAGAACCCAAAGUAAUCGACUCUGAAGAAAACCCAGAACACAGCGAGAAACCACAUGACAGCGAUGUUCCUAGCGAACCAGAAGCAGAACCAGAAGUAGAAGCUGAACCAGAGUUCGAAGUAGAAGCAGAGCCAGAAGUAGAACCAGAAGCUGAACCAGAAGUAGAAGUAGAAGCCGAACCAGAAGUAGAACCAGAAGCUGAACCAGAAGUAGAAGUAGAAGCAGAGCCAGAAGUAGAACCAGAAGCUGAACCAGAAGUAGAAGUAGAAGCCGAACCAGAAGUAGAAGUAGAAGCUGAACCAGAAGUAGAACCAGAAGCUGAACCAGAAGUAGAAGUAGAAGCUGAACCAGAAGUAGAAGUAGAAGCUGAACCAGAAGUAGAACCAGAAGCUGAACCAGAGGUAGCUGUAGAAGAAGAAGCACCAGUAGAAGAAGAAGCACCAGUAGAAGAAGAGGCACCAAUAGAAGAAGAAGCACCAAUAGAAGAAGAAGCACCAAUAGAAGAUGAGGCACCAGUAGAAGAAGAGGCACCAGUAGAAGAAGAGGCACCAGUAGAAGAAGAGGCACCAGUAGAAGAAGAGGCACCAGUAGAAGAAGAGGCACCAAUAGAAGAAGAAGCACCAGUAGAAGAAGAAGCACCUAUAGAAGAAGAAGCACCAGUAGAAGCUGAAACUCCUGUAGAAGCUGAAACUCCUGUAGAAGCUGAAACCCCAGUAGAAGCUGAAACCCCAGUAGAAGCUGAAACUCCUGUAGAAGCUGAAACUCCUGUAGAAGCUGAAACCCCAGUAGAAUCUGAAGCCCCAGUAGAAGCUGAAACUCCAGUAGAAUCUGAAGCUCCAGUAGAAUCUGAAGCUCCAGUAGAAGCUGAAACCCCAGUUGAGCCAGAAGCUGUAGCACCAGUCGAACCCAAAGCAGCAGAAACUGAGGAUGAGAAAAAAGCUUCAAGCGAGGCCGAAGUUGCAAGCGUAGACAAUAAAGCCUCUGAAACUAGCGAAACCAAUGAUAAACGUACUAAUGCUUCUCAAGAAGUAGAAACUGCAACUAACUCAGAAACAGGAACAGAAAAAAGCUUUGGAACAAAAGGAUCCGAACCCAAAAAAAAAAAAAAAACUUUUGGAUUUUUGAAAAAAAGAUAA